CUCCUGCAGUACCCCUUAAAUAAGUACGAUUACCAGUACUAAUCUUCUCUUCAAUUCGGCUUGUAUCCAUACCAUCAUGUCGUCCAACGAAGACGAAUACAACGACCACGACCAGAACCCCAGUUCCAAGAAGCGGCGCGUCCAGCGGGCCUGUGACAUCUGCAGACGGAAAAAGAUUCGGUGUGAUGGCGUCCAAAUGCCCGAGAACCGAUGCUCUAACUGUAUAGCGUACAAUUUUGAUUGCACAUAUGUGGAGGCAGCCAAGAAAAGAGGACCGCCCAAAGGUUAUGUCGAAAGCUUGGAGAACCGGCUGGAGAAGAUGGACAAGCUGUUGCAUAGGCUCAUGCCAGAGGCGGACUUCACAAAGGAACUUGGAGGUGGGUUUGACCGCGAAACCUGGUCCAUCGAAAAGUUACCGACUUCGCUCGACUCUGGUAACAUUCCAGAACUUAUGCGGCCCAAAGGAAGUGCCUGCCACCCUCGCGAUAUUGCCACUUCUGCUAUCCGGGCGUAUAACGACAUUGAAGAUAAACUGCUUGAGGACGAUUUCGACCAUCUCACGCUAGCGGAUAAUUUGCAGCAAAAACUCGAAGUAGAUUCUGGCGGCUACCGAUUUUUUGGCAAGUCCAGCGGAGCUCAAUUAAUCAAGACUGCAAUGGAUUUGAAACAUGGAUAUACCGGCCAUGUGCAACGUGAUCCUCUUGGCUCGAAGAGGUCGGAAUUCUGGACAACUCGCCCUUGGGAAAGCGCCGGAAAUAUUCUCGAUGGAAGGUUCCCUUCGUAUUCAUUCCCGGAGGAUGACUUGCUUUCGUCCUUGGUCGAAUUAUAUUUCGCAAAUGUCAACAUAUUCCUGCCCCUACUUCAUCGGCCUACCUUUGAACGCUCAAUCAGGGCGAAUCUGCAUAUGAAAGAUGAGAUGUUUGGUGCCGUCUUACUGCUCGUAUGUGCAGUAGCUUCGCGCUAUUCGAACGAUAUGCGCGUUCUGCUUGACGGAGAGGAAUCAAGGCAUUCAAGUGGAUGGAAAUGGUUCGACCAAGUGCAGCUUGUGCGCAAGUCGCUCCUAUCUCCGCCAUCCCUAUAUGAUUUGCAAUUCUACUGUCUGUUUACGGAAUUCUUGCAAGGCUCAUCGGCGCCCCAGGCGUCAUGGACGAUGGUAGGUAUCGGUAUCCGACUAGCUCAAGACGUUGGAGCACACCGAAGGAGACGAAAUUUUAGUCCUAACUCCGUGGAAGAUGAAUUGUGGAAACGAGCCUUCUGGGGUCUCGUAUGUAUGGACCGAAUAAGUAGCUCAGCUCUCGGCCGUCCGUGUGCAAUACAAGAUGAAGAUAUCGACAUUGAUUUUCCCGCCGAGUGCGAUGAUGAGUACUGGGAGCAACCAGAUCCUGAGCAAGCCUUCAAACAGCCUCCUGGAAAACCUUCAUAUGUAGCGUUCUUCAAUUCAUUUUUGAAGCUCAACCAGCUGCUUUCCUUUUGCCUACGUACAAUCUAUUCGAUCAAUAAAUCCAAAAUUCUGCUCGGCUUCGUUGGCCAGCAAUGGGAGCAACACAUCGUCGCGGAGUUAGAUUCUGCGCUCAACAAAUGGGUUGACUCAAUACCAGAUCAUUUGCGAUGGGAUCCCAAUCGCGACAAUCUUGUGUUCUUUAAUCAAUCUGCUUACCUGUACAUCGCCUACUAUCAUUUGCAAAUACUCAUACACAGACCUUUUAUUCCUACCCCUCGCAAUCCUUCACCCCUCUUGUUCCCUUCUCUUGCCAUUUGCACGAAUGCUGCACGUUCGUGCUCACACGUUGUUGACAUUCAAAGUCGCAAGGGCGGCAAGAUCCCUGGGGUCGGCAUUCCAGUCUUCACGGCCGGCAUUGUUCUCCUCUUCAACAUUUGGGGCGGGAAACGGUCCGGCCUUUCUAUUGAUCCUAACAGGGAGAUGGGUGACGUACACAAGUGCAUGAGGGUUCUUCGGAGUAUGGAAUCGUCAUGGCAUUUCGCAGGCCGCUUAUGGGAUAUCCUGUACGAGCUGGCUUCGGUCGGUGAUUUACCGUUACCCAAAGCAAGCCCCACUCCAACGAACAAACGAGAACGUGACUCUGAUAGCCCACGUUCUGUGACCCCAGCAAAUGGGAGCCCCUCAAGCGGCGUUACAGAUUUCCCAGCGACUCGUGCUAUUGUUGGAAGUCGGCGGAUUUCGAAUAAGGAGCCUGCAUCCCGAAAAUCCUCGAAAUCAAUUUCUUCAGAGCCUUCCGCCGCAUUAUCUUCACCGCUACCGGCUCCAGCAGCGUUGUCUUCAUCCCAGCAACUAUUUUCUCUGCCAAUCUAUAGCGACGAGCUUGGGCGAAUCCCCCUCCAUGGCCAAGUCAGCUUUUCGAACCAAGCGCAGACGCCUGAUUCCCAUGGGUGGUAUGCAGGAUCAUCGUCGUCACAUGGACAAGGACCAUCAGAUGGUGUGCAGAGUGAUUUCUCGUUCAUAAGUCAGCCUUUCUAUGCGCAGGUGCCGCCUCCCGGGUACACAUCUACACAUUACGAGUACGGAAGGAACGAUGACAUGAAUGAAAUGAUGCCUAUUGCAGAUAGCACGCAUAUACGACAGCCACCGCCGCCGAUUAUGGAUGGUCGACCGCACGAGUUACUGGAUAAUGAUACCAUUACAAUGUGGUCCAACGCGCCUAGCGGGUUCGAAUUGGACGAUUGGGGUACUUAUCUGACUAAUGUUAGUGAGAUGCAUAAUCCGCACGGGAACGCAAACGUACCAGGUCCAAGAUAGUGGUUGCACGACGAAGCGUGACUUUUUCUGUGUUGAAAUGGAAGUAAAUACGAAUGUGUAGCACCUACUAUUCUUAGACUCUGUAUAGUAUUGGUAUUUGGCUUAAUACUUUUACCUCU